AUGCAAGACCAACGUAGUAGCAUGACUGACAAUUCUUUUACAAAAGCUCUUUUAAAGGUCAAACACUUAUAUCCUCAUACUUUACUUAGUAUGUCCAAAGAGGUUACACAGGUUUCAGUCCAAUCAGACUCCAAUCGACACAAAUUGAAGCUCAAAUUCAACCAAAAGAAACUGCAGAAGUCGAACAAACAUCAGAGCAACCUUACAACAACUACAGAAGCUCAAGUUGUUCAGUCCAAUCAGAUCAAAUCAGACACCAAACAUAACGCAAAGUUCAACUAA